UGUUAAAAUUGAAAAUGUGACGUUGCACGCUUUGUAUUAUGUUCUCUGUGUUGCCGCGUUUAUCGAUUUUUUUUAUUUUAUUUUAUUUAAUUUAACUUCAUAAUCUGUUGCAGGAUCAGCGAAGGCGGUCUCACUGGUUUUUUAAUUUGUGCUCAGCCUAGGCUUAACUAACUAUGUCAAAGCAGCAUAGUCAUUCGCAUUGCAGGCUGGAUUCGCACGACACAGAUGAUCUGCCCAUCGUUCGGCAGAGGGAGAGACUCAUACAGGCAGUGAAAGCGAAUUCGUUCCUGGUAGUCACUGGGGAGACUGGCAGUGGGAAGACUACCCAGCUUCCACAGUACCUGUAUCAGUCAGGUUUUUGUAGGCGUGGAAAAAUUGGCAUCACUCAGCCACGGAGGGUAGCUGCCAUCACGGUGGCUCAGAGGGUGUCCCAAGAGGUGGGCUGUGAUCUGGGCAGGCAGGUGGGCUACCAGGUGCGCUUUGAUGACUGCACGUCCCAGGACACAGUCAUUAAAUACAUGACGGAUGGUUGCUUGCUGAGGGAAAUUUUGGCGGAUUCUGAUUUGAAGCAGUACAGUGUGGUGAUUCUUGACGAAGUCCAUGAAAGGAGCUUAAAUACAGACAUCCUGCUGGGGCUUCUGAAGAGGCAGCUACUCCAGUCUCAAGGGGGGUCGUCGAGCCGCUCAAAACCCCUAAAGUUGGUGGUGAUGUCCGCUACGUUGGAGACAGAUAAACUCUCAGCCUUUCUGGGGGAUUGCCCAGUCUUUGCCAUCCCUGGUCGCACAUUCUCUGUAGCUGAGAGAUUCUGCAACUUCAUUGGCCCCAAAGAUAUGGACAGUUCUGUCUAUGUGAAAGAGGUUGUAAAGGUGGCACUAGAGGUACACACAUGUGAGCCUGCAGGAGACAUUCUUGUGUUUCUCACUGGACAGUCUGAAAUUGAGAAAGCCUGCGACAUGUUAUAUGAUAAGGCAGAGUCCAUAGACUACCGUUAUGAUGUUCAUGAUCACUCUGUUGAAGGCCUUCUGAUCUUGCCUUUGUAUGGAUCAAUGCCAACCGACCAGCAAAGGAUGAUCUUUCAGCCUCCACCAGUUGGUGUGAGAAAGUGUGUGGUGGCCACCAAUAUUGCAGCUACAUCCCUGACCAUCAGGGGAAUCAGGUAUAUUGUUGACAGUGGCUUUGUGAAGCAACUGAACCAUAACUCCAGAGUGGGCCUGGACAUUUUGGAGGUGGUACCCAUUUCAAAGAGUGAGGCACAGCAGAGAGCUGGCAGGGCUGGGAGAACCUCAUCUGGAAAAUGUUUCAGAAUAUAUAGCAGGGAAUUCUGGGAUAAAUGCAUGCCAGAUUACACCAUUCCUGAAGUCCAGAGGACCAGCUUGACUGCAGUCAUCCUUACCCUUAAGUGUUUAGGGGUUCAUGAUGUCAUCAGAUUCCCUUACUUGGACCGCCCAGAAGAGAAGUUUAUCUUGGUUGCUUUGAAACAGUUAUACCAAUGUGAUGCCAUUGAUAGGAAAGGUCAUGUGACCGGACUAGGCCGGCUGAUGGUGGAGUUUCCACUGCCCCCCGGGCUUACACGAGCACUGCUGAAGGCAGCUUCUCUGGGCUGUGAGGAAAUGCUUCUCCCUGUGGCUGCCAUGCUGUCUGUAGAGAACAUCUUCAUUCGGCCAGGUCAGCCAGAGAAGCAGCAGAAGUCUGAGCAGAAGCAUAAGCAGCUGGCUGCGCAGGCCGGAGGCUCCAAUGAUUUUGCUAUGUUGCUGAGUGUGUUUGAAAGGUGUAGAGCCAGUGACACUCCAUCUGCAUGGUGUAAAGACCACUGGAUCCACUGGAGGGCGAUGAAGUCUGGAUUCAGUGUUGAGAAACAGCUGAGAGACAUUCUCUUUCGACUCAAACAGCAACCAGAUUUCCCAGUAGAGCAGUUUGACUGCAGUAAAAGUGAACUCCUGCGGAGAUGUUUAUGCGCUGGAUACUUUGCUAAUGUGGCCAGAAGGUCGGUAGGAAGAACAUUCCGUACAAUGGACGGACAUGGAUCAGUCGUCCACAUUCAUCCUUCAUCAGCAUUGUUUGAACAGGAGACCCAGCUGGAUUGGAUCCUUUUCCACGAUGUCCUGGCCACCUCUCGUGUGUAUGUGAGGACAGUGUGCCCCAUCCGCUAUGAGUGGGUAAAGGACCUGUUGCCUAAGCUGCAUGAGGUUGAGGCCCACGAGUUGAGCAGUGUGGCCCGGGAGGAGGUAACUGACGAAGAGGUGGCCAAAUGGGAGACGAAGGAAGCUACCAAACGGCACCAAGAGGAGGCUGUGGAAGAGGCACUGAAGAAGCUGGAGCGACGGAACAGCGAAGACUCUGUGUUGGCAGCGCGCUCACGUUACCUGCAGCGGAAGCAAGAACGCAAGCUGGGCAAAGUGCCCUGACUGCCACUGUGGACAACUGCGAAAAGACAAGGCACCAUCUCUGUGGAUCACAUGAGGGCCCUGGGUUGCCCCACUCUGCAGCGCAUACUCCAGCAAGCGCUCUGCGUAAUGUUGCAGAUUGGCACUAGUUACGUGGAAUCUGUUGGUGGUAAUCAGUGUUGACAGUGGGCACAACAGCUUAUCACUGCAACGUUCUUGUGUGCCACAAGGACGUAGAUCAUGUAUUCUGCCCAGUACCCUGGAUGGCUGCAGUCACUUUUGCAGGGGUUCCAUCUCCUCUGCAACACCCAAUAACAGAGAAACCGUUACAUCUCAGUGCUUUAAGCGCUCAGGCAGAAGAAACUAUUGUCAAGGAUUGAACAGUUCUGUAAUAAAUGGUUAACCUGGUUAAUUACUAGAUUUUUUACUGUUUACAUAUUGAUUAGGGUUAUCUAAUUUAUUUAAAUGUCUCUUGAGGGUGAAUUACAGCAUUUACUUUAAAUUGUUUCAUAUUGGAGCUAUUUCAUUAAAAUUUCUGAAGUGUUAAUAUGUCAGAUAUUUUAAAUUGCCCACAGCAUUUUUUUAAAAUUCAUUUUUUGUUUUGGGGCCCUGGUGCUGUCUUAUUUUUUUAACAAAACUGUUAAACAUAUGUAGGUUCCAUAAAGGAAGGAUUUUCUGGACUUGUGUAUAUACCACACUAUAAAAAUGAAAUGUUUUAGUAGAAAAGUUACAUUUUCACCAUGCUUUUCUUUUUGCAAAUCAUAAGCCCAUCCACCAUAUUUAACAGACAUCAGAUAUAGUAGGGGAUUAAUGAAUACUUCACAUUCCUCUGUGCAAUGACACCAGCUAGUUUAAUAGUUCAUGAUUACCAUGCUGAUUAGUAGGCUAUUUGAUCAUGUCUCUUAAGAAUAAGGGUCAGCAACGGCAGUAAAGUUUUUUGUUUUUUUUUUUUUUCCUCCUCUGUACCUAAAAACUAUGAUGAUUAUAUACACAUAAUCUUCAAUGAC